UCAUCCCGUCCCAUAUUCAUAGUGUAGAAGAAACCUCGACUUUCUUCUGUUCUACAUGUCCAGAUUGUCCACCACUGAGGAUACCGUAAUAAUCCCGCCCUCGAGAAAGUCCAAUGAAAAACGAGUCAGAAGCAGAACCUCGCUGCUGGACUCGACUUGUCGAGUACGACGUAUACAGCGACACACGGCGGGCCAGGGACCGGUCCAUGAAACACGCGACCCGAUUGUGAGCGACAGUCGAGCAAGCCACGGCUCGAGACACAUGCGUACAGAGAUAUUACAGUACCACCCAAAAUUGAUUUCGAGUUCAUCCAGCGCGACAGGCGAGCCGCCUUCCUGCCCCCUUUCUCCAACUCUCCUUCGACUCUUGAGAUUUCAGGGCUUUACUACCAUCAGCUGCUGCUGCUGCUAGGGCUGCGCUGCUUUUCACUGCAACGGACCUCCUUUCAUCCCUCCUGCCUCUGGUGUCAACUGAAGAGCAUCCUCUCGAGACCAAGAUUACCGAUCAGAUAUCCCGGCGGCCGGCGGCUCUGUACCAACCCCCUAGCCUAAGAAGCAAAGAUGUCUUUUACAGAGCGGAAACGCGUCUCUGUGAACAGGCACCCGUGGACUUUACCACAGGUCUCCGAGAUGGACGAGCUGACACGGCCCAUCGACCGCCCACCCCCAGGAGACUUCAACAGACAGUCAGUCAAGACGAUGGGAAGGGCGGAGCUUGCGAGGCGCAGGAAUGAGUAUUUUGAGGGUGCCUUUUCCGUACGUGGAGACGCCAACCCGCUGCACGAGAGAAUACGCAGCGACUCGAUCGUGCUGGUGGAGCUCAGGACGAACAUUGGCGACGAGUUCAUCUUCAUCACUGAGCUGAGCGCGAAGCUCGCAGAGAGGUAUCAGAGGCCCCUCUCCUCGAUCGUCGUCAACGUCCAGCACUCGCAGUGCAUAUUCUUCUCCGGCACAUUCGAGCCCGCCUACACCGCGAACGUAUCAGCUCUGGCACCCUACGUCCAACCUGCUACCAACCGGCGCAAUGCCUUCGUGCUGUCGGAGCACCUCCACGAGGCGCUGGGCGUCCAGCCGCAGCGGGGCCUCAUCAGCUUCGUGACACUCCCCGAGGACAACGUCGCUUGUAACGGCAAGACGAUCGCGCACGCCCUGGAUGACGCCCUGGACGGAGGACCUUACGCUAUGGGCGUGAUCGAGGAGGAGGGGCAGGCGAGCUACGCUUCGAGGAGGAAGAGGUUGAGUGUCAAGUCUCUUACCAACAUCAGGACGUCAGGGCGAGCCGAUAUGACAGCUGGCGAGAUAACUCCCCCGACCAGCGCCGAUGACACCCCCAUCGGCGAGGAUAAACCUAUCAGGAUAGCGAAACGCCGGAAGAGUUUUGUAGCAGGCUUGUUUGGGAGGGGAACGAGAAAGGAGAACGAGAAGCACGCAUGCGAGGAGUCGUGAGCAUUGAUGGGGAUUUGUACUAUGAGACAUCAUCUGCAGCUUGUCAGCAGACAGGCGAUUGGGUGUGAUACAGGCUGGUCUCUGAGACAUAUGCACGCCACUGCACGAUGAGCAUUCAUUCAAGAAAUGUAUUAUCGUAUAGAAUGGUACAUUAGCUCUUCUCAUGAUGAUGCAUUGAGAUCC